ACAGUAAGCCCCCGACCUUCCCAGAAGCAGCAGCAGAGAGUGGGCUCAGUCAUACUUGUGGUCUCCAGUCUUCACGCUCUCAGCUGGCUUCCUGUGAAUAGCACGGAGCCGAACCCUGGGCUCUGCACUGAGCUGUAUAAGAGAGAGCAGCAGGACAGUCAGCACAGACACAGCACCCUGCAUACAGGGAGGAGAGAGACUACUCAACACUACUAUACAGAGGUACUCACAGGGAGUUGCUGGAGGACUAUUCUUUGUGUUGUUGAGUGCCAGGAUGUGCUGCCUAUCAACAUGGGCUCUCCUCCUAGCUCUGGGAGUCACCACUACAGCACAAGGAACAUGGAGGAGUGACAGUUUGAGAGUUGCGAGACAAAACAACCCUGCAGUGUACCACUCUGAAGAUAACUAUGAGUGGAGCACUUGGUUCAACGUGGACCACCCUGGAGGUCGAGGAGACUAUGAGCAGUUGGAUGCUAUCCGUUUCUACUACCGUGCGCGGGUGUGUGACGCCCCCCGGGCUCUGGAGGCUCGCACCACUGACUGGAUCCCCGCUCGCAACACGGGGGAGAAGACUCAUGCAGACCCUACCCUGGGCUUCUGGUGCGCCAACGCUGAGCAGGCCCCUGGCCGCAACUGCUCCAACUACGCUGUGCGCUUCCUGUGCCCCAAAGGCAACACUGGGUCAGAAGGCAUACAGGAUGCCUGGGGUCCUUGGUCAGACUGGAGUCAUUGCUCUGCCAAGUGUGGUCUGGUGGCAAUGCAGGUGCGCUCCAGGAAAUGCCAGUCCCAGCCUAAGCAGUGGGAUGAGCAGUGCAGCGGACCUACAGUGGAGGGUAGAGCCUGCAAAGGACCUGAAUGCCCUGGGACUGGUUGCACACUGCACUGUGAGAUGGGUAGGGUGAAUGCGGAGUGUGACACCUGUAUGUGUCAGGACCACAUUGUACUGGGCUCUGUCCGCAGCGCUGGAGGUCUCCCUGCCCCAGGGGCCACCAUCCUCCGCUUCGGCCCCAGCUCCAAACUCCUCACCAUCACCGACCACAAUGGACACUUUCGCGUCCCAGGGAUCUGUCCCGACGGCAACGCCACACUGACCGUCCAGCUGCGGAAUCACGCCCCUCACACUGUCAUCGUGCCCCACAGCACCGAAAGCACCUCUGUCCUCAGUAUCAUGCUGAAUAGAGCAGAGAAGCUCCAUGUGGUGAAGAACCCUGAGAACAAGGCCAGAAGAGAGGGCCAGACAGCUGCUCUCUGCUGCAAAGUGGGUGGAUUACCAGAGCCAGAAGAUUACCAGUGGUUUCACAACGGCAGCCUGCUGGACAGGAAGCAGCUGAACUAUGACAGCACGCUGGUCUUAAGAAACCUGAGCAUGGAGCAGACUGGGGAGUACUACUGCAGGGCCAGCAACCAGGCUGGGGCCAUCAAGUCCAAACCAGCCGUAGUCACAGUCUUAGGUAAAGAUCAACCUUCAUGUAACCCAAAACCCGAAUCCUACCUUAUUCGCUUACCUCAUGACUGCUAUCAAAACAGCUCCGACUCACUCUAUUACGAUGUAGGAAAGUGCCACUCAGGGACUUGUGCAGGACAGCUGGACAAUGGAAUCAGGUGCAAAGACUCAGUGGCAUACUGCUGUGGGGUGGCAAAGAUGGAGGAGAAACAACUGAAAUGCCAGGGCUAUGAGCUCCCCACCAUGGUGGUGACCGAAUGUGGCUGCCAGAAGUGUGUGGAGACCAAAGUCAUUGUGCGUGGGCGGGCUGUGGCCGCAGACACUGGGGAGCCCAUGAGAUUUGGUCACGUCUACAUCAAUGGAGCCAGAGUCAGCCGCACAGGCUACAAAGGCACCUUCUCCAUCCAGGUCCCCGAUGACACUGAGAGGCUGGUGAUGACCUUUGUGGACAACAUGGAUAAGUUCGUCAACACCACCAAGGUUCUUCCAUUCAACACCAAAGGGGGCGCCGUAUACCAUGAGAUCAAGCUUUUGAGGAAGAAGGAACCAGUGACCAUCAGCUCAACAGAGCUCAACACUCUUCAGCUGGGAGAGGUGGAGGGCCAGGAUCCUAUUGCUGAGAUCCAGAUCCCACCCAACUCCUUCUACAAGCAGAGUGGAGAAGUAUUUGUGGGUAAUGUGAAGGCUAGCAUCACUUUUCUGGACGCUAGAGACGUGUCCACAGCAGCAGCCGCACAGAGUGACCUCAACUUCAUAGGAGAUGAGGGUGACACCUUGCCCCUGAGAACAUACGGUAUGUUCUCAGUUGACUUCAGGGACGAGGAGGCCGGAGAACCACUGAACGCCGGAGAGGUGAAGGUGAAAAUGGAUUCAACACAGGUGAAAAUGCCCGAGCACCUGGACACCAUGAAGCUGUGGUCCUUGAACCCCGACACAGGCAUGUGGGAGGAAGAGGGGAGCUUCCAGAUGGAGAAGAAGCAACGUGGUAAAAGGGAAGAGAGGACCUUCCUCAUUGGGAACAUGGAGAUCAGAGAGAGGAGGCUGUUUAACCUGGACGUCCCAGAAAACAGGAGGUGUUACAUCAAGGUGCGAAGCUUCCGCAGCGAUCGCUUCAUGCCCAGUGAGCAGGUAGACGGAGUGGUGGUGACCCUGAUCAACAUGGAGCCCACUGCAGGUUACUCCUCCAACCCUCGUGCCUGGGGACGCUUUGACAGCGUCAUCACUGGCCCCAAUGGUGCCUGUCUGCCUGCCUUCUGCGACGACCAGAAACCUGACGCAUAUUCUGCCCACGUCAUGGCCAACAUGGGAGGAGAAGAACUCGAGGCAGUCCCAUCUGCUCCCAAGUUUAACCCCAACAUCAUUGGAGUCCCUCAGCCGUACCUGGGCAAGCUGAACUACAGACGGUCAGACCACAAUGACCCCAGGUUAAAGAAGACAGCCUUCAGCAUCAAUGUGGCCAAGCCCAGCCCAAACACAGCUGAAGAGCUCAACGGACCUGUGUACUCAUUUGACCAACUGAAAGAGUGUGAGGAAGCCCCAUUUACUGCAGGCCACUUCCGCUUCACCAGAGUGGAGGGAGAUCGCUACGACUACAACACAGUGCCUUUCAACGAAGACGAUCCUAUGAGCUGGACAGAAGACUACCUGAGCUGGUGGCCCAAGCCCAUGGAGUACCGAGCCUGCUAUGUCAAGGUCAAGAUCAAUGGUCCCCAUGAGAUCAACAUGCGCUCCCGAAACCAGGGCGGCACUCACCCCAAGACCGUUGGCCAACUGUAUGGCCUCCGCGACACCCGCAGCAUCCGCGACAUGGACCAGUCCACCAUCUCUGCUGUGUGUCUGGAGUUCAAGUGCAGCGGCAUGCUCUAUGACCAGGACCGAGUGGACCGCACUCUGGUGAAGGUGAUCCCUCAGGGCAGCUGUAAGAGGGACAAUGUUAACUCCAUGCUUCAAGAGUACCUGGUUAAUCACCUGCCUCUAGCCGUCAACAACGACACCAAUGAGUUCACAAUGCUGGCACCACUGGACCCUCUGGGCCACAACUAUGGCAUCUACACAGUGACAGACCAGGACCCCCGCACUGCCAAAGAAAUAGCACUGGGACGCUGCUUUGAUGGCACCUCUGACGGUACUUCCCGUGUCAUGAAGAGCAACGAGGGAGUGGCACUUACCUUUACCUGUGGCAACCGUGAGGUGACCCGUCAAAGCGUGUUCCAGGCUCUGCAGAACUCCCCCGGGCAGUCUCCGGCGAGGGCAGUGAGGGAUGGCCGAGGCAGGAAGCAGAGAGCAGGAGCCAACGCACUCCGCAACAGCCGUAGACGCAGUACUCGGAAUCCCACUGCCACACGCACCUCAGGCUAAAGCACAGCACUACAGAUCAGGGUCUCCACAUCACAAUCACAUUAGACAUGUUGGCAAAUUAAUAAAGAAAGUGGGUAUUGGUGAUGGGAUUCACAUUUAUAUUUUAGCCCUUCAGUAAAGAUACCCAAGUUUUUUGUCUUCAUUAUGUACUGUUUGAAUAACAUUUGAUUUGUUAUUGAACUAUGUUUUUUGAUUGUAAGGUAAAAUUUGUUCAGUUAUGAAUUUAUGGUUAUCUAUAACACAGGUAUCUCCCAGAGAACAGUUGGUGGAGAUUUUAACUGCAAAUAUUGUAUUGUCUUCACCUGUACUGUGAUGAAUAUUUACUACUUGAAAUUGUAAAUAAUGGGAUAUUUAUUACACAUGCCAUUCAAGAUUGUAACCAGUGAUUAAGAAACCACGCCCCAAAUAAAACAAGAACAACCCUAGAA